AUCUCCCGGAGUUGAGCCGGUCUCCCGGAGUUGAGCGGAAGCUGCAGGAGCCACACGCGGAGGCCUGACGGGUGUAAGGGUGGGUGAAAGCGGCUCUAGGGCCCCAGACCGCGGGAGGCUGGGUGAGGCGGUGUGGUGAGCUCCAGAGGCCGCCGUGGCCCAGACAGCUGACCCAGGCCUGAGCGUUUGGAGCGCUCUGCUGGGGCCUGGCACUAGGGCUUCCCACAGCGAGGGUGCAGCUGCGUGGGAGCCUCCUUCCCGGGAGGAUCGAAGGCCCCUGCGGCACCCCGGCCGUUUCUCUGAGGGGAUUGGAGACGUGGAGCGAUGAGGAGCCGGAGUAACUCGGGGGUUCGGCUGGACGGCUACGCUAGGCUGGUGCAUCAGACCAUCCUGUGCCAUCAGAAUCCAGUGACUGGCUUGCUUCCAGCCAGCUACGAUCAGAAAGAUGCCUGGGUCCGGGAUAAUGUGUACAGCAUCUUGGCUGUGUGGGGUUUGGGCCUGGCCUAUCGGAAGAAUGCAGACCGGGAUGAGGAUAAGGCAAAGGCCUAUGAACUGGAGCAGAGUGUAGUGAAGCUGAUGAGGGGACUGCUGCACUGCAUGAUCAGACAGGUGGAUAAAGUAGAAUCCUUCAAAUACAGUCAGAGUACCAAGGAUAGCCUCCAUGCCAAGUACAACACCAAAACCUGUGCGACUGUAGUGGGUGAUGACCAGUGGGGACACCUGCAGUUGGAUGCUACCUCUGUGUAUCUGCUCUUCUUAGCACAAAUGACUGCCUCAGGACUUCAUAUCAUCCACAGCCUAGAUGAAGUCAAUUUCAUACAGAACCUUGUGUUUUACAUUGAAGCUGCAUAUAAAACUGCUGACUUUGGAAUAUGGGAACGUGGAGACAAGACCAACCAAGGAAUCUCAGAAUUGAAUGCCAGUUCAGUUGGAAUGGCAAAGGCAGCCCUGGAAGCAUUAGAUGAACUGGAUCUGUUUGGUGUGAAAGGUGGGCCCCAAUCAGUUAUUCAUGUCCUUGCUGAUGAAGUACAACACUGCCAGUCUAUCCUUAAUUCAAUACUCCCCCGGGCUUCAACAUCCAAAGAGGUUGAUGCUAGUCUACUUUCAGUUAUUUCCUUCCCAGCCUUUGCAGUAGAGGAUAAUCAGUUGGUGGAGGUCACAAAACAGGAAAUCAUCACCAAGCUUCAGGGUCGUUAUGGUUGCUGUCGCUUUCUACGAGAUGGAUAUAAAACUCCUAAAGAGGAUCCCAAUCGUCUAUACUAUGAACCCGCUGAACUGAAGUUAUUUGAAAAUAUAGAGUGUGAAUGGCCGUUGUUCUGGACAUACUUUAUCCUUGAUGGGGUCUUCACUGGAAAUGCAGAACAGGUUCAAGAAUAUAGAGAAGCUCUUGAAGAAGUCCUCAUCAAGGGCAAAAAUGGAGUCCCACUUCUGCCAGAGCUGUACAGUGUUCCCCUUGACAAGGUUGAUGAAGAAUAUCAAAAUCCUCACACUGUGGACCGAGUCCCUAUGGGCAAGUUGCCUCAUAUGUGGGGUCAGUCUUUAUACAUUUUAGGAACCUUGAUGGCAGAGGGAUUUUUAGCUCCUGGAGAAAUUGAUCCCCUGAAUCGUAGAUUUGCAACAGUACCAAAGCCAGAUGUUGUGGUUCAAGUUUCCAUUCUAGCUGAGACAGAAGAAAUUAAGGCCAUUUUAAAGGACAAGGGAAUUGAUGUGGAGACCAUUGCUGAGGUGUACCCCAUCAGAGUACAACCAGCUCGUAUUCUCAGCCACAUUUAUUCCAGCCUAGGGUGUAACAGUAGAAUGAAACUCAGUGGCCGACCCUAUAGACACAUGGGAGUCCUUGGAACUUCAAAACUCUAUGACAUUCGAAAAACUAUCUUUACCUUCACUCCACAGUUUAUAGACCAGCAACAGUUCUACUUGGCUCUGGACAACAAUAUGAUAGUGGAAAUGCUUAGAACAGACCUUUCCUACCUCUGUAGCCGUUGGAGGAUGACAGGCCAGCCCACCAUCACCUUCCCCAUCUCACACACCAUGCUUGAUGAAGAUGGAACCAGCUUGAAUUCAAGUAUCCUGGCAGCACUCCGAAAAAUGCAGGAUGGCUAUUUUGGUGGGGCAAGGGUUCAAACAGGUAAAUUGUCAGAGUUUUUGACAACAUCUUGCUGCACACAUUUGAGCUUCAUGGACCCUAGACCUGAAAGUAAGCUGUACAGUGAAGAUUACAAUGACAACUAUAGCGAGCUAGAAUCCUGUGACUGGAUGAAUGGCUAUGAUUCAACCAGUAAUGCUCACUGUGGUGAUGAAGUUGCUCGUUAUUUAGAUCACCUUUUGGCGCACACUGCUCCCCAUCCUAAACUAGCCACUACCUCUCAGAAGGGAGGGCUAGAUCGGUUCCGAGCUGCUGUGCAAACAACCUGCGAUUUAAUGUCCUUGGUGACCAAGGCCACGGAGCUGCAUGUACAGAAUGUUCACAUGUAUCUUCCUGUAAAGAUAGUUCAGGCUUCCCGGCCUUCAUUCAACUUACUUGAUUCACCCCAGCCCCCACAAGAGGAUCAGGUUCCCUUGGUUCAUGUAGAAAUACAUCUUCCUAGAGACCAGUCUGGGGAAGUGGACUUCAAAGCACUGGUUUUACAGUUAAAGGAGACCUCCAGCUUCCAGGAGCAAGCUGAUAUCCUCUACAUGCUGUAUACUAUGAAAGGACCUGACUGGGACACUAGAUUGUAUGAUGAAGGGAAUACAACAGUCAGAGAGCUGCUUACUGAACUAUAUGGCAAAGUUGGAGAAAUCCGUCACUGGGGCCUGAUCCGGUACAUCUCUGGAAUCUUAAGGAAGAAGGUGGAAGCACUCGAUGAGGCCUGCACAGACCUUCUCUCCCACCAGAAACAUUUGACAGUGGGACUCCCUCCAGAGCCUCGAGAGAAGACUAUCUCUGCACCUCUGCCCUAUGAAGUACUCACUCAGCUGAUAGAUGAAGCCAGUGAAGGGGAUAUGAGCAUUUCAAUCCUAACACAGGAAAUAAUGGUAUAUCUAGCCAUGUAUAUGCGAACCCAGCCUGGCCUCUUUGCUGAAAUGUUUCGACUUCGAAUUGGUCUGAUUAUACAGGUUAUGGCAACAGAACUGGCCCACUCCCUUCGAUGCUCAGCUGAGGAAGCCACAGACGGCCUGAUGAAUCUCAGCCCUUCAGCAAUGAAGAGCCUCCUGCAUCACAUUCUCAGUGGCAAAGAGUUUGGAGUAGAAAGAAGCGUGCUUCCCACUGAUUCAAAUAUCAGCCCUGCCAUUUCUAUCCAUGAGAUUGGUGCUGUUGGAGCAACCAAAACUGAACGAACUGGGAUCAUGCAGUUAAAAAGUGAGAUAAAGCAGUCCAAUGGUGGUCACGCCCUGGGUAUAGAUUUGAUGUCACCGUCUUUUCUGUCACCUGGAACCUCUGUGACUCCAAGUAGUAACUCCUUUCCUAGUGCGUAUGAUCAACAGACAUUUAAAGAUAAUCGUCAAGGUCAAUGGCAACGUCGAAGAAGGCUGGAUGGAGCACUGAACAGAGUUCCAAUUGGAUUUUAUCAAAAAGUAUGGAAAGUUUUGCAGAAGUGUCAUGGACUUUCGGUGGAAGGUUUUGUUCUUCCUUCUUCAACCACUAGAGAGAUGACUCCAGGCGAGAUUAAAUUCUCUGUUCAUGUGGAGUCUGUCCUAAAUCGUGUACCUCAGCCAGAAUACCGCCAGCUUCUGGUUGAAGCCAUCCUUGUCCUCACCAUGAUGGCAGACAUUGAAAUUCAUAGUAUUGGAAGCAUUAUUGCUGUGGAAAAAAUAGUGCAUAUUGCCAAUGACUUGUUCCUUCAAGAACAGAAAACCCUCGGCGCAGAUGAUAUCAUGUUGGCAAAGGAUCCCGCAUCUGGCAUCUGCACUCUUCUGUACGACAGUGCACCCAGUGGCAGGUUUGGCACCAUGACCUACCUCUCCAAGGCAGCCGCCACCUACGUGCAGGAGUUCCUGCCCCACAGCAUCUGUGCCAUGCAAUGAGGCCUUUGGGCUCUGGCUACUAGGAGCCUUUUGACAGCUGGUUCCUGCCUCGGUUGAUUGUGCAUGGAACUGAAAUGUGAUGGCCUGAUCACUCCCACCCAGCCCCAUUCCAACUCAUCACUCCCAGGAACAGUGGACUUUUCUGACAAACUAACUACUUUAGAAGUGAACCCUUGCUCACCCAGGCUUUUCAUUGUGGGCCUUAAUUCUUUCAUGGAUCACAAAAGUAUGCAUGUGUUUUUAUUCUCUAGACCUGUUACACACUUAGUUUUCUAACUGCUGUUUAGGGAGCAGGUAUUAAUAAUAGCUUAUUCAAGUUUGGUUUUCCUUAUGUGUGGUUUCCUUGUGUGAAUGAGUGAUGGGUACUUUGGGACAUUAUUUCAAGUGAGUAAAGCCUAAAUUGUUCCAUUUUAUGCUGCUACAAAUUGCAAAUAUUUACUCUAAGUGCCUUUUCUUGGAAAAAGAGGGUAGCAGAUUAUAGUUUCCUUCUUUACUCACAUAUUGCCUCACAUGGAAUGAUAUACUCCUUCCUGUGCAGAAUUAAUGUUUCUGCUUUUGCCUUUUCUGUAUCCACACACAUGAUUUCUGGUCUCCCUUUGGUGAAAUGUCAAAAACUGCAAGUCCAAUGUGUAUAGUUUAAGAUUUGUGCAUUAACACUCGAAAUCACUCUUGUGACGACUGCUGGGUGGGACUCAGAGAGUUAUUUGUAGCAGAAAAUGCAGAAUGACCCAGAGAAAUGAAGCCAGGAGCCCAAUUCCAGAGAGGAAGGGGGCAGAAGAAAAGAUGCCUGGGUAGUGUAUUAUACCUAGGAAACAAAGAGGGAAUCAGAGGUGGGUAAGUGCCCUGAAGAGAGCCUUGUGCACCUAAUCCUGGCUCCUGAAGAGGUGCCUGGCACACAACACAGAGACCAAUUGAAGCCUAUGUCUUUGCCAAAGAGGAAUCCAGCAGUCCAGUCUCUGGAUGCCUUACUGAGCACUCUUUCCUUGUGUUCGCCUAGUCUUGGUCUCACUCACCUACUUAGUUUCUACAGCAUCCACCCCACCCCCAAUUCCCUGCCCUCUCAUCUAUUCUUAAACUCUUUCACUUACAUUUUCACUUGCUGAUUCUAGUGUUGGUGUAUAGCUUGCUAUCUGUGGGCAUAUAUCUGUUUCUUACACACAACUGCAUUUGUGUUUGUCUAAGCAUACAUGGGAAGUUUUCUGAAUGUAAGUAAUUUUAUGUUCCUGAAUAUCUGUAGCUACAUUUGACAGAGUAAUCAAGUAUGUAAAUAUAAGUGUUACUUGUGGCCAGGGGUAGGGGGUGGGGCAGUGACUGGCUUCAGGCUGACACACAAAGGGUAGUGGAAGAAAUGUUAAGUCCUCUUCCCUGGUCCCAUGUUUAGGUAGCCUUGUUUGAAGAAUGUUUUUUCUAACUUUCUGUCUUAGUUCAGGCUACUAUAACAAAAACCAUAGACUGGAACAUUGAUAUAGCACACGUUUAUUUCCCACAGUUCUGGAGGCUGAGAGGUCCAAGAACAAGGUCCCAGCAGAUUCAGUGUCUGGUGAGGGCCUGCUUCCUGGUUUGCAGGCAGCUGCCUUCUUGCUGUGUCUUCACAUGGUGUGGAGACAGACCUCUGGCCUCUUCCUCUACUUAUAAAGGGUAUUAAUCUUGUCAUGGGAACUCCACGCUCAUGACUUCAUCUAAUCCUGAUUAGCUUUGAAAAAGGCCACCUCCAAUUACCAUGACACUGGAGAUUAAAACUUCAACCUAUGAAUUUGGAAGGGACACAUUUAGUACACAGCACUUUCCUUCUGAUUUAUGUGUAAAAGCUCUCCUAAUUUUCCCACUUUCACUCGGAGAACUUCCUACUUCAAUCCCCACUUUUCCCUUCGAUUUUUCCGGUUUUUCCCCAAGAAUGGGGAUCGAGAUGGGGGAGUCUCUAAAUAAUUCUUACAGAACCAGUGACAAUCUUAUGAGUACACAUGAAUAAGUGAGCAGAGUAGGGUGAUAGAAAACAUAAAAACAGAGAGGAUGGUCAGCCUUCUCAAUACCUCUUAGAGCAAAUGAAAACACACAGUAAGUAACUUCCUGCUUACAUGAUUUUCUGGUCACUUGUAAAGAUAGUAUACAACCUAUUCUGAAACUUUGUCUUUUCACUAGCUACAAGUGCCCCAACAUUUGGACUACAUCUGUAGUAGCACAGGUGAAAACCACCACUCCCUCCCACACUAAUUUGCUUGAACUGACACUGAUGGCUGCAUUUCUCUGAGUUGACUAAGUUGUCUAGCACUGUGCUCCCCUCUAACUAUGCUUCACUCUUAAACCAAUCUUUUAGAAAACUUGAUUGUAUUUAAGCAUGUGAUACUAAAAGAGACGGAUUUUUAAAGCACUUCUGUUUUUAAAAUAAAAUAAAAAAUAGAAUUUCCAAUUAAA